CUAGAAGGCAGUAGCUUUGAGCGUGACUGAGCGUUUGGAAUUUGGAUCUUGAGAGUUUGGUAGGCAUUUUGGAAAUACAAUUACUUGGAAAAAAAUAUAAAUAAAUAAUGUUCAGAAACCAGUACGACAGUGACGUGACGGUAUGGAGUCCGCAGGGGCGUCUUCACCAAGUGGAGUACGCCAUGGAGGCUGUGAAACUGGGAUCCGCCACCGUGGCGUUGAAGAGCAAAACGCAUGCGCUGAUUCUGGCAUUGAAGCGAGCCACAUCUGAGCUGUCUGCGCAUCAGAAGAAGAUGAUUCUCAUUGACACUCACAUGGGAGUUACUAUUUCUGGGCUCACCGCCGAUGCUAGAGUGCUCAGUCGUUGGAUGCGAUCGGAGUGCCUGAAUCACAAGUAUGCCUACAACGACUGUAUGCCUGUUUCAAGGCUGAUCGCCAUGCUAGGCAAUAAGAUGCAGCUCUGCACACAGCGCUAUAACCGACGUCCGUAUGGCGUGGGACUUCUCAUUGCUGGAUAUGAUGACCAAGGACCGCACAUCUUCCAGACGUGUCCGUCGGCCAACUACCACGAGUGCCGAGCGAUGGCGGUCGGAGCGAGGUCGCAGAGUGCCCGCACCUACCUCGAGCGACACUUGGACGAGUUUGCCGACUGCUCGGCCGAGGAACUGCUCAAGCAUGGGCUGAGAGCACUCAGGGACACCUUGCCCAACGAGCUUGAGCUCAACACUAAGAAUGUAGCCAUUGGCCUAGUGGGCAAGGACACGCCGUUCCGUGUAUUUGACGAGGUGGAGACUGGCCUUUACCUGGCAAUGAUCGAGGGCGAGGAGCGGCGCGGGGGUGGAGCGGGCGCAGGUGGCGCUGUGGAGCAGGACGACAACCCCCCCGCCCCAGGACCCGACGGGGGGGACGACCACCCCGACCCCCAGGUCGCGGUUGCCAUGGAGACCGAGUAGAGCACAAAUGGCGCCCAAACGUGGCCGCCACUGUUCUGCUCUUCUGCUUUGCAAAAAAAAAAAAAAAAUGAGCCGUGGUUGGGGGUUGGUCCUGGUGUCUGUUUGCAACUGCCUGUGUAUUUUUCAGCUUAUAAUUUUUUGUGGUACCAUGUUAGAAAAAAUCAAAUUAUACAUACCGCCCACCUUUUAUACUUAAUUUAACCGAACUUGAUUGAAUUCUCCACCUCAAGACCAGGGAUUCUGAUGUUACUGUAUAACUAUAUUACAUUAUUAUAGUAGAGAAGAGUCUUAUUCUGCCUUCAAUAAUUUAAAAGUUUUGUACAACUUGAAAAAUAAAAUAGGGCCUAGUUGUGUACGAUUAUUUUCAGGUUUCAGAAUAAGAACUUUACUAUUAUUACCCUAGCAGUUUGUAAUAUCUUAUAAGAACAUUUUGAUUGUUUUAUAUAAGGCAGUGAACAUUUGAGUAGAAUAGAGCAGAUACAGUGUUGAUGUAUUGAUCUAUUUAUAUGCUUUCCUUGUAAUAUUUUAAACAAAAUAACUUCAUAUUUAAUAACAAUAUUGUCAUGUUUUGAAUAUGAUGCAAGAUGCAAGUGAUUGGUGUCUAUUCCUAUUCGUACAAACGUUCCAUUUAUCAUGAAACGCGUAAAAUUUCUAAUUGAACUGAGUCAUGAGACUGUAACAAUAAAACUGGUAAAUACAAUUAUUCACGGUACCAUAACAGGAGUUGAUGUGGCGAAAAGUAACUUCAAUUCAAGUCUUAACUUGAUACACUCUCACAAAAAUUGAUAAGUUGUAGAUAGAAAAGUUAGUUGCAAUAUAGUACAUCUUCUGUGUCGACUCUCAACCACGGCUCUCUCUAUUCAAUACAAAAGUAAUACAAUUCUAAAGUUAUUAAUUUUCUAUUUAACCGAAAUGCUGAAUGUUGAAUCGAUUUGAUUGGUUUUGAAAUCAAUAAAUAUUUACUUUCUAAAAA